UAUGAAGAAAAAGAAGCUCUUUUGUCAGAGUUUAUUAUUUAUUCUAUCGUUCAUCUCAUCGGUCAAGUGUAAUAAAUAUCCGUACGAUAGUAAGUAUUUCUGGACAGCCGACUGUUUAACCGGUAACUUACCUGAAAAUAUAACAUUGGUUGGAGAUGAAAAUUCAAAGGGAAUAAUCCUAUCGGAAGAGUUCAAAGUGACUGGAAAAGCAUUAAAUUUAAACGGAAAAUACUACUUGAAAAUAUCAGACAAGAGAAACGAAUGUUUCUCCUCACCAGAUUUAUGCGAAAAUGGUCAUACGUACUGUUUUUGGUUAUAUAAGAAUGUUCCAGCCGAAGGUGUUGCCUAUUUCCUUUCCAAUGGGGGAGAUAGCGACCAAUCUUAUGGAAUAACUUUCAAAUUCUCAACUAAUUACAUUUAUGUUUACGUGUCAGAUAAGUAUUUUACCUAUAUAAACUCAAUUGCCGACAACAAGUUUAACGAAUGGGUUCACUACUGUUGGACUUGGAAUAAACGCAACGAUAACCGUCUAAUUAUUUACGUAAAUGGUCAACCGUUCAAGCAGUUUGACAGAGAACCAAAGCAUCUAGCCUAUACGGAAUAUAAUGAUUUUACUAUUGGUGUUAAUAACCUCCACUCGUCGGACAUUGACCAAGAGCCGUUCUUUGCAUCUGCGUAUAUGGAUCAUCUUAUGUUCUGGGAGGAAUCGAAAAGCAUUGAAUUUAUCAAUAAAAUUUUCAAUAAUACGCAAUUGGCUGUUAAAGAAGAUUGUACGAACAAAGAGACUAUUUCACUGGCUGGCAGCGGCGAACCUGGUCCUCCUGGUCUUCCUGGUCCUCCCGGACCUCCCGGACCUCCUGGCGCAUCUGGUCCUCCUGGCCUUCCAGGUCCUCCAGGACCUCCCGGACUUCCCGGACCUCCUGGUGCAUCUGGUCCUCCUGGCCUUCCAGGUCCUCCAGGACCUCCUGGCCCCCCUAGUCCCCCUGGACCCCCUAGUCCAGAUCCAAGCAGCCUUUAUCCAUUCAACAGGCAGCAUUAUUGGGAUUUCGAUGAUUUAAAAUUUGGUAGAUUUAUCAAUGUUUCUAGUAUUCAUUCUAACGAUGAUAAUAACACUAAUACUAAUCAUAAUACAUCCGAAGAUAUAUUCUUUUCGUCAUCCAAUAGCAUUGUAGAUAAAUCUCUUGACCUGACUAACCCGUACUACGUGAUAGUAACGAGGAGAAGAGAUGAAUGCUUCCUCUCUCCAAACUUGUGCUUAAACGGUCAUACAUUUUGCUUUUGGCUUAAUAAGAAAUCGAAUGGAACGCAUUACUAUUUCGGUAAUGGAGCUUUAAAUGGUCUUUCUUACGGAAUUGCCGUUUAUCACGAUAAACAAUAUUUAAUUAUAUACAUUGCCGACAAGAUCAACGUUUAUAAUACAUUUAUUAUGGAUGUGGUAGAAAACGAAUGGAGACAUUACUGUUGGACUUGGAAGGCUAACGAUACUAUAACAGUAUACGUAAAUGGUAGUUUAACUGCCCCAGUCCACUCUUAUGUCUAUAGCCGUCUAGUUGUUGAGACGAAUUUUAAUGAAUUUUUCGUUGGUGGAUUAAAUCAAACUUCAUCGGACGAUAAAAUGUACGCAAAUUCAUUUUUGGACGAAUUUAUGUUCUGGGAUGAAAUUCUUAUUGAAAAUGAAAUUCAUCAAGUUUUUAUUCGAAGCCAAAUUCAAGGUAAACGAAAGAUUUCUAGUUGA